GCGGAAGAGAGCAUGGCCUCGGCGGCCUUGAUCGAGGGUUUCGAGCGCCGCUUCCUGGCGGCUCGGCCUCUGCCAUCCUUCCCCUGGCGGAGCCUUGAAGAAAAAUUAAAGAAUUCAUUGGAUUCUGAGCUGCUGCUGAAUAUUUUGCAGAAGACUGUCCUGCAUCCACUGUGUGUGAAACAUCCACCAUCAGUGAAAUACACUCGGUGCUUCCUCUCUGAGCUAAUUAAAAAGCAUGAGGCUGCUCACACAGAGCCUUUGGAUGAGCUCUACGAAGCAUUAGCUGAAAUUCUUUCUGCUGAGGAAUCCACCCAGUGCCAUCGGAGUUAUUUGCUGCCCUCUGGAAAUUCAGUCUCCCUCUCUGAAAGUACAGCAAUCAUUUCUCAGGGGACCACAGGCCUGGUCACAUGGGAAGCUGCUCUCUACCUUGCAGAAUGGGCCAUAGAAAACCCAGCGACCUUCACUAACAGAACAGUCUUGGAACUUGGAAGUGGAGCUGGUUUUACAGGUCUGGCUAUUUGCAAGAUGUGCUCUCCCAAAGCAUAUCUCUUCAGUGACUGUCACAGUCAGGUUCUUCAGCAGCUCAAAGGAAAUAUCCUCCUAAAUGGCUUCUUGCUAGAGCCAGAUUCCACAGCACCCCUGCAACCUUCAGUCAGUACAUUGGUCUCACCAAAACCCACUGUGAUGGCUGUUCAGUUGGACUGGGAUCUAGUUACUACAGAACAACUCUCUGUCUUCCAACCAGAUGUCGUCAUUGCAGCAGAUGUGCUGUAUGAUCCAGAGAUCAUCCUCUCCCUCAUUGGAGUGCUGCAAAAGCUCUCUGCUUGCCAGGCACAUCAGGGAUCUCCAGAGGUGUACAUUGCCUUCACUAUACGGAACCCAGACACUUACCAGAUGUUCAAAACAGAGCUCAGUAGAAUUGGGAUUGGAUGGCAGAAACUUCCUAGUCACAACCAGAAAUUGUUUCCAUAUGAAAAGUAUUCAGAGAUGGUAAUUCUAAGAUUAUUGGUGUAGAUUGUGUAAAUAUUUCAAGGCUACAGUAAAGAUUUAGAGGAUUUUUAGGGAAAAGUUCUAUUUUGGAGCUUGUGAAUAAAACUUGAAUCACUGGACCAAUUAUUUCCUUAUAAGGAAAAAGGAAAUGUGACAUGUACUUGUUGCUCUGUGAGCAACUCCCUGUAAAUCCAGAAACUAAAAAUGAGUGAAAAUACAAUUAUUUUACCUGUAAAGAUAAAACAGCAUGCUUUUUUUUUUCCAUUUUAACAUUAGUACAUGUUUCAUUUCAACCUCCAAGAUUUUGACCUCUGAACUUCCCUUCUCUACUAUAGUCUCCCACCCUCAUUCAGAUUGAACUUAACUCCUAGGUCCCUCCUUGACUGUCCUUGACACCCUCCCCAAUUUUUUCUCAGCCAUUUAAAACAUGCUCUCACUAGCAUCCUGGCACCUUUUGGCCUUUCACUCUCCUCCACUGCCACUCUCUAGCUUAAGGAAGUGCCAGCAAGUUAUUUCAGCUUCUGGGCUGUUGAGUGUUACAAGGGACAGUCCUAACUGUACUAACAUGUUGCAUUUAUACUAUCUGGCCUCAGCUGGGCCCUUGGUGAUUCCUGUGUUCAUUAGUUGAUCCCCCAUCACAUUCUCUAUUCUGGGCAUUUCAGACUUUUCUAAUGUCUCCAUGCACCUAAUAUCAUCUCUUAACUCUGCUUUCUCAUGGACCUUCCUACUUUCCUGAGAUAGUCAAGGUUAUCUAAUAUGAGCUACCUCAAUGUCCUUCUUUUCUGGAAGAAUUUCUUUCUUUCCAUCAUUUGUUCUGUGACUUCUCAAAGGAAGAAUUACAGGAUUUUAGAGUUGAAAGGGACCUUAAAGAUAAAGUCUAACACCCUCAUUUUUUUUUAGAAGUUUCCCUCCUAAUUGUGAAUGUUCCCCUAAGGUUCUCUCCUUAGCUUUUUCCUUCUAUGCUUGCACAAGAAUCACACACUCACAACUUCAGCUAUCACCUUUAAGAAGAAGAUUCCCAAAUCUCCAUGACCUCAAGCCUUCUAGAACCAAAUUUCCAAGUGCCUCCUGGAAAGCACUUCAAAGUCAACAAGUUUAAAACUAAACUUAUUAUACCUCAAAGACAUCAAAGAAAUAAUAGCUAAUAAUAAUAGCUAGCAUUUCUGUAGUGCUUUGCAAAGUCUUUCACAUGUUAAAUUCUUUGAACUUCAUAACAACUCUAAGGUAGAUGAUAUUAUUUUUACAGAUGAGGAAACUGAGGCACAGAGAGAUUAAUUGAUUGACCAAGGGUCACCUAGCUAAGGAAUGUCUGAGGCAGAAUUUGAACGCAGAUCUUCUUGUCUCCAAGUUCAGUGCUCCAUCUUCUGUAAUGCCCAUAUUUAGCUAGCUUGUAUAUCUCUUUAAAUUUGCAAAGCACUUUAUAAAUAUUAUCUCAUUUAAGCCUCACAACAACCCUGGGAGGUAGG